CAUUCAUUGUUGUCGAUGUAUUUCCUUUGCCGACACAUCAACGCAAAUACGUAAUACCUUGAAUUUCAUUGGAAGCCGACACUCGUCGUCAAAAAUAAUGUUUAAUCUUCAUUCAACCAUGCAGUCGAAAUGGUUUUCGUCGAUCUUCUUCGUCACAAUCUUGACGAUUGUGUUAACAUCAGCAACAAAUACUUUCGAAACUAUUUCGGACGAUGAUUUAGUGGACCGCAUCAAAUCAAAUGAAUUUGUGAUUGUAUUUUUUGCAAAAAAGAGCAAUUGUGUUGAUUGUGAUAAAUAUGAGAAUGAAUUGUUUAAAAUUCGCGAUGAAUUCAGAGAUAUGUUUCCAGCCCAAGUUGUAAAAGUGAUUGACAGUCAAUUGGUGCGUUUGUAUAGCCCGAAAAAAGAGCCGGCCAUCGUGUUCUUCCGCCACGGUGUUCCAUUGCUCUACUCUGGAAAUAUUAAUAGCGAUGAGAUUUACCAAAAACUCGACCAAAAUCGUACGCCCACAGUGAAAGAGCUUACGGAUGACACGUUUGAACAUCUUACACAAGCUGCAACUGGUGCCACAACCGGUGACUGGCUGAUAUUAUUUUACAAUCGGGAGUGUAUUGAUUGCCAACGGCUUGGUGCGGUGUGGGAAGCUGUGGGUGCGGCUCUUCGCAAUCGUGUCAAUGUUGCUCGCGUUGACAAAGAUUUUCGUGGUAUAAAAACAGCAAAGCGAUUCGGUGUUCAAAAAGCACCGGAAUUCAUCUUCAUUCGACAAGGGAACUUUUAUCGUUACGAUAUUCCGAAAUAUGAUAUCAAGUCAUUUGUAUCAUUUGCUCAAGAAUUCUAUCGAAAUGCACGAGCUGAAAAGAUUAAAGCACCAGCAUCACCAUUUGAUGAAUUGGUGGCAUCAAUUGUGAUGUACAUCAAGAGCUACCAAGCAAAUGGAAUCAACAAUUUAAUCAAUGAUAACACGUAUUUGCUGCCAGCCAUCACUGUUAUUGGCUUUAUUCUGUUUAUACUUGUGCUCAAGUGUUGCUUGCGAUUCCGUAAAUCGGGCGAUGAACAGAAGAAAAAGGAGAAGAGCAAAAAGUCAAAAUAGAUCUCGAAAAUAAUUCACAAAUAGUUUUCUAUAAUAAAAUUGUUCAUUCCAUUCAGUACGGUUUUAAUCGAUAAAAUUCGCAUUGCCAUGUGCAUAUGACGAUGAUUAAAAAGAAUAAAUGAUAAUUAUUAGCUCGUGAUCAAUUUAGCAUUGAACAGUCCAAGAUGCACAUGAUUUUGUUUAUGUAUUAGUGAGCGGUGAUAGUUAACGGCAGCACAAUGAUCUAAACAUAGAUGAUAAAUGUAAAUUGAUUAAAACUCAAAUAAACGUCCUUCUUUUUUUCAUUUUUUUU